CUCGCGUCCCCCGACUCCGUCAGACGGCGCCCCGACGCUGGUACCGUCGGACGGACCGGUCGGUCGGGCCACCAGUCAGCCUCCAGUGAGCCAGCCAACCUCUCUCUCUCCCUCUCGCACGUAGAGGCGCGCGCGCGCGCGCCGCCGCGUCCUCUCGCCCGCACACGUACGCAUACACAGAGACACGCGUUGUAGGAGCACAGACACACGUACGGUCGGUGGCGUGCACACGAAGAGCGGCUGUGUGCGAGUUACAUGCACACGGCCCCUCGCCUUCUUUCUCGCUCCAUCCCACCCCGCCGAACAUCCCUCCUCGUCGCGCGACGAUCCUGCGAGGAGAGGUCUCGAUCCGGCGAACGACACGAGAGGGAGUCCGAGUUCCUGGCUCGUCCCUCGCGGCUGCAGUGCGUUCCCAAACAUCCACGAGGCAAGCUCGAGGUGUCCGCACGUACGCACGCACGCACGCACGCAACACCACGUUCAAGGACCACGAGGAUCCUUCCUCCCCCUUUUCUCGACCGUUCGAUAACGCGUUCGCUCCAAGGACGCACCACGUACAACAACAACAACUCUGCCCAACGAUUCUUCAACUCGAGAGAGAGAGAGAGAGACGCGGUCAACUUCGUUUCCCUCUCCCUCCCCGUUCUUCCUCCAAGAGCGAAGAAUAUAUUUGGGACACCGCACAGCCGCACGGAUCUCGUAUUUUUCGCAUCUGCGUGCCGACCUCGCUCCCUCCACAGCCUCGCUCGUGGAGAGAAGAGAAGGAGAGGAACCAACAGCCUUCUGACAGUUUUCCCGCGCGUGUUUACACCGCUGUGUAACUCUCCCUUGUGUUAAGCUGCCGCCGCCGCCGCUUGUCGUGCUCCGUUUCGAGGGGAUUCGUCGUUCCGCGAGGAUCGUGCGUGCGACGGUGACGGGCCUCGCGACUGCGACGCGGAAAUCCUGCUCUCUCUCUCUCUCGACGUCUCGACGAGCGCACGAGGUAAGAGGCGAACAGCUGCGAGGAAAGGAGAGUUGUGGAGAGAGUUGUGUUAACGAACGAGGAUCAUCGGUGGAGAGAGAGCGGCUUCCUCCCAUGGGAGAUGAUUCGAAGGGGAACGAGCGGCGGACGCCAGUUCGGGUGGAGAAGGUAGCAGCGUGACGGGCCGAAGGACGAGAUACUUCUCCUCGACCGGAUUUCGCGACCAGAGUCAGGAAGAAGCUGAUGACAGUGGGUGCCGGAGGAGUCCAGGGAUUGUUCCACCUCUCGCUCUUCCCGUAUUGAACGACGUGUUGUCGGGUGUCGAUCAGCUGACCGUGUGUUUCUUUCUUUUCUUUUUUUCUUCUUCUUUUCAAAGGGGGGGUGGUGACACGGUUCCGUGCGCGAGGAGGACUCGAACGAGGAGGAGGAGGAAGAGGUUAAGGUUCGAGCGACCAGGUGUGCGCGAACGAAGGAUCCUGUUGAUCCUCGCGUGUGAGACGAAAGGAAGAGGGGUGAAAAGGGACGAUCAACGCAAUCGUGCAAAUAGAAUCGUGGUGAUGAUGACGGGUCGAGGACGCCGACUCUGAUCUCUGGGAAGAAGGCGCGUCUCUCUCGGAUGAGUUCUCCUUUUUUUUCCCUCCCCCUUCCCCCUUUCUCUCUUCUCCCCUCCUUCCUCCAUACUCCCUCCUCCCUCGAGCCAUUUUCUCGUAGCUCCCAACACUUUAACGGAUAAUAAUUCAAAUAAUAACGAGUAACAAAUUAAAAUAAUUAAAUGAUAACGAGUAAUUGAUAAUAAAAAAAGAAUGAUAAUAAAUCGAUUUACGAUAAUACGACUAAGGACCAUCGAUGAGAAUCGAGCCUCGAACGUGGAGUUAAAGAGAGAGAAAGAAAAAUUCUAAUUAGAUUCUAACUUAUGUGUAAACGUAUAUAUAGAUAAUAUCGUUUUUACGAGUCAAUCCGGUGUGCGCGAUUACGUGUGCGUGUGUCUGUGCGUGCGUAGAGUCGAAUUAAUUAAAUAAAUACACGAAUGAAUAAAUAAAUCUGUGUCGCGCGUGUUUCUUUUCGUUUUCUCCUCGCAGUUUUUCUUCCCUCGUCGUCGUCGUCGUCGUCGCGUGUGUAGUUUCCAUUUCUAUUUUUCUCCCCUCGCGUUAAAACAGGGCGAGUUUGGACGCGUGUUUAACUCGUAAACAAUUCGCAAAAAAAGAAAAAGAAAAAGAAAAAGAAAAAAAAAAAAGAAAAAAAAAGUCGCAAGUCGGAGCAGUACGGGUAUAUAGUAUCCAAGCGCUUAACCUUUUUUAGCCGUGGCGCGUUAAUUAAUUAACUCGGAGGGGGCGUAUCGUUUCGAGAAACGGGCGGGCGUCGAGAGUCGCGAAAUAUCUCGACUUGUCCGAGCGAGUAUCGAGUAUCGUGAGCUCACACAUAUGCCUCGGUGUCGAUUCCAAACCCGAUAAAUUUCGCGGGAGAGAGAGAGAAAGAGAGAGAGAGAAAAGAUCGAGGCGCGAGUCAUCGUCGUUUCAACGCGCGUUCAAAGGUGUUCUCUCUCUCGAGCCUGGAUCGAGAUCGUUUAAAUCUUAAGGGAGAAAUUGAUGAAAAAGGAGAAAAAAAAAAAGAAAAAGGGGGACCAAUUUUUCACACCCAUUCUCCUAGGGGUCUAGUUUCCACUUCUCGCCCUCCUCCGCAUCGCCGACCUCUUUUCCUCCAUUGUACGUCCACACCUGACUAAUAACCUGACCCGUAUCGAUAUCCCCUUACCGGAAUUAUCCGUGAAUCUCUCCACGUCGUAUCUUUCUCCGUAUUAACUCCGUCGAGAUCGAGGAGAAUACGCGAGAGUCCGCGAGAUCACGCAAGCAAUAAAUCAAGGGCCAAUCCUCUCUAACGACAGUACACCACAGCAGAGGGUGAACAGGUGUAUAUAUAGGUGGUAUGCAGCGAUCGAGCGAUCGCCUGUAAAGGAAAAAAAGGAAGAGAAAAAAGAGACAUUUCGUCGAUCGAGGAUAGUAUAAAGAAUCGAGCAAUUAAAAUUUAAAGGGGGAAACAGCAUCAACAGUUGUACGCGUGGACCAGUUUCAUCUCCUCUCUUUUCACCUCUCUUCUCUCUCUUUCUUUCCCUCUCUCUCUUUUCCCCACUCUGCGAAGGGAAGAACUCGAGAGAGAGAGAGAGAGAGGAAAGGAAGGAAAGGAUCGAAGGGGAUCGAGAGAGAAGGGGAGAGAGAGGAAGCCGGCGGGGGCCGAGUAAAGAGAGAAGGUCGGCAUUGCCCCGUUUUUUAACGACGAUGACAUUAUCCUGAAACGGGCAUGACGCCCCUGGCCUCGAGAUGCGACGAGACCACCACCAUCCUGCUGCUCCUCCUACUCGAGCUUGCACCAGGUGCACGCUGCUACUCGCGCGCGGCCACCACGCCCGCCUCGACUUUGUCGAGAUAGCAUCUACAGUCGACGGCGAGGGUGCGAGUGAUGCCGCUCCUCGGCACCAUUAUGACCAUCGACGCCGCCGGUAGUCCGACUACGGCGUCCAACAGCGUCCUCGACGAGAACAUGACGUGGCCUCGACCGACCGGUGGCUAUACGUCUUCCGCUAACGAGCCACACGCGAUCGACACCGUCACCAUCCUCACCGACGACCGCCACCGACCACUGUCCACGACCGGACCCGACCACGUGGCCACGACACUCGUCGAUCGUGCUAGCACCGGCCCAACACCCAGCGUCCCGGCCGAUCGGCGACCACCGGCCACCGACCAGGAGACCGAGAUCGCCGCUCUUCCACCGACCACCACCGAGGAGAUCGAGACUGAAACCGAAACCGAGAUCGAGAUCGAGAGGAGCACGACAUCGGGAGAAGAACAACGAGCGGAAGAAGAGGAGGAUUGUGCCUGCGGCGGAUACGAGGAUACGAGCAGACUUCCCUUCCUCGUGGCCGGCGAGGAUCUCGAGGCUGGAAGCAACAACACUGGGAGCGUGGACGGUAGCAGCCCGGGAAGUAUCAUCGAGGAAGCUAGCACGGGGGUCGGUGGUAGCACGACGAGCACGAGCACGAGCACGGAUCUGGAAGACGUGGAAGGAUUAAGGGAGUUGGAAGUGCUGUUCGGGUUGAACGGCAUAAUGGAGGACCUGGAUGGAUCGUUCAACGACUCUUUCAACGAGAGUCUAUUGUUCCCGUGCAACGGUAGCCUGUGCAACGAGACGUACGUGGUGCUCGGGGAGAGCCUGUACCCGUCCGGGUACACGAUUCUUCAAAUAGUCCUGGCGUCCGUCCUCGUCACGCUGUUGAUGAUCGUGAUCGUGGUCGGGAACAUGCUUGUGAUAAUCGCGAUCGCGACCGAGAAGGCGUUGAAAAACAUACAGAAUUGGUUCAUAGCGAGUUUGGCGGUGGCCGAUUUCUUCCUAGGCCUCGUAAUCAUGCCCUUCUCGUUGGCCAACGAGAUCAUGGGAUAUUGGAUCUUUGGGUACUGGUGGUGCGACAUUUACUCGGCCAUGGACGUGUUGCUGUGCACGGCGAGCAUCAUGAACUUGUGUCUGAUAAGCUUGGACAGGUACUGGAGCAUCACGCAGGCGGUGGAUUAUCUGAAGAAGAGAACUCCCGCAAGAGCGGCCCUCAUGAUCGCGCUUGUGUGGCUCCUGUCCGCCCUCGUUUGCAUCCCCCCCCUCCUCGGAUGGAAGAGACCCACGCCGGCUGAAGAGUAUCCCAAGUGUAAGCUUUCAGAGGACAUAGGCUACGUCCUUUACUCGGCGCUCGGCAGCUUCUACAUCCCGUCGUGCAUCAUGGUGUUCGUGUACAUACGCAUUUACUUCGCAGCGAAGGCGCGGGCGCGGCGCGGGAUCCGGAAGCCGCGUCCACGCGCGGUCGUGCCGCCCGAGUCGCCGGACGUCAGGCAGACGAGCUUCACGCAGAGCACGCCCGCCACCGAGGCGAAGAAGCCGCCUUCCGGCUCCGCCAUGGAGAACGUCGCCACCAUCGAGAACCAGCCCGUUCAGAUACCCAUCGUCACGUGCGACUUUGCCAGCGACGUCAGCACCUCCGAGGCGGAUCCCGGAGGGGGGAGCAGUAUCCCCAUGGAGGAGAAGGACACGCUCAAGGUGACGAUGCCGGUUCCGGUGCAAAAGAGCAGCCUGAAGGCGACGCUGUCCGUGAACGGUGACGGGCAGCAAUCGAGCGUCCCGUCCCGAUGCAGGGCGCCCAGCGUCGGUAUCGACGUGGACAUGGUGUCCGAGUUCGAUCCGUCGUCGUCGGACAGCGGCGUCGUUUCGAGAUGCGCGGUCGUCAAGCCGCUCAAGCUUCGCCUCUGCCAGCCCAUAUUCGGGCGGAGGAACAUCGGCAAGCUGAGAAGGGAGCACGGGGGGGACGGGGGCCGCGCGGGCGGCAAGGACGAGGCGGGCGGCGAGGCCAAGUCGUCCAAGCCGCGGGACCCGGAGAGAGAGAAGAGGAGACUGGCGAGGAAGAAGGAGAAACGGGCCACGCUGAUACUCGGCUUCAUAAUGGGCAGCUUCAUAGCUUGCUGGCUGCCGUUCUUCGUCCUCUACAUCGCGAAACCCCUCUUCCCGAACGUCAAGAUACCGAUCCAGGCGUUCGUGAUCGCUUUCUGGCUCGGUUACAUGAACUCUGCCCUCAACCCCUUCAUAUACACCGUCUUCAACAAGGACUUCCGCCGCGCUUUCCGCAGGAUACUCUUCAAAUAAUCCCGUCGUCCCUGGACGAACGUUCGCGAACCAGUUCUUCCAGGCAAAAGAAACGAGAAUCGCGGGGCGUGCGGAUCGCUCUCGCGGUUGGACCGGGGUGGAACGCCGAUCGUAGGAUCCAGCAAGAGCAUCUGAACUCUCCUUCUCCUCGUCGAGAGGCAGACGGAGUUUAGAAUUAUCCUCUUUUUCUAUUCAAACGCGCGUUCAAAUUGUCGUCCAGCGGAUUGGACCACGCGCGAGAGAAAGAGUUUAAAAAAGCGCGUUUUGUUCCAGAAGCUUAAAAGCUCGUCGACGACGAAUUAUUCGACCGAGCUACGUCGAAUCGAUGAAUCUUUCGCUCGAGAUGUGAUCCGCGCCAACAGUGUUUCGCCAACAGCUGCCGCCUCUCGGGAUACGGAUACGCGAACUUCCGACUGGUUGUCGAUUCAACGUGACACCAUCCGAGACGGAUGGAAUUCGGGAGGGACUCGAAUUAAUCCAUCGAAAAGUGUCCAAGACAGUGUUAUUGUCCCCUCCGUUCAUCCUUGAUUUACGGAGAUCGAGCCUCGAAAUCGAGCCUCCUCUCGCCCACCACCUCUAUCUUCCUUCCCGACGGGGAAACGGAACGAGAGAGAGAGAGAGAGAGAGAGACGGCAAGUACACGGCCUGUUCUUCUCCGAUAUUCCGUGUAUAUUCCUCCCUCUCCUUGCAGAUUGUAAAAAAUAAUUAAACGUCGCGACAAUCCACUUAAUUAUCGAUGUAUCGUGAAUGUAGAUAUGUAUAGCAUAUGCGUGUGUGUAUAUAAUGCCCUCCCCGCGUAUAUUGAAGAUAUAUAUCUGUAUAUAUGUAUCUUCAAUACGAAUCGUAGGGGAGUUUGGAUGAAAGAGGACACUUCUGUCUAGUUUCGCUCGAUUUCACGCCGAAAUUAUUCUUCGAUUCGUGUAUUUGAAAUUUCCGAUGCGCGAGUAAUCGAAGUUUUCUUCGAGAAGAGAGAGAGAGAAUCGUGCGUGCGUGUGUGUAUGCGUGUGCGUGUGAAUAAGACGAAAAGUGACGGAAGAAAGAGGGAGAGAUUUCUCUCGCCCCGAUCGAGACGAUUUUUCGGGGAGGAAUUAUCGCGAAACUGACGAUGCGUUCUCACGGAGGGACGAGGAUCUCGAAGCGAGAUCUCAUUGGAUUCGAAUGAAAGCAUGUUGUCUAUUAUAAAUAGACGUGUCACACAAGCGUUCAAAGGGGCGGUUUAAUCAAAUUUUUAAACCGCGCUUUUUUCCAAUUUUAUCGAUUUAAAGAAUUGGAAGGAGAGCGAGAAGGAAAGAAGAAGAAUCGUAGGAACUUUUCCGGUUUGGAAACAAAAUGGGAUGGUGGGGGAGGAAAGGGAAGAAACACGGGGAGAAGAUUAUCUCGGACGAUGGAUUUGGGAUCAGAUCGUCGGAUGUUAAAAGCAAGGGAGGGAAGGGAUUGUUAAUAACCAGUGGCCAGUAUCGGCGAGCAGCGUCGAAGUGUUAUUGCGUGGAAGUUUAACGUCACGCAUCAGCAAUAAACAAGUAACAAGUUGUUUAUAUACGAGGGAGGCAUACGUAUUUUGCAAUAAAAUGAAAUUGAACAAACACCUAGUUAAUAAUAAUUAUUAUUAUUACUCGUGCCACUAUCGAGAGGGAUACGGAAGGGUUGUUGCUGUUGUCGUUAAAUGGACGCGUUUCUAAUUAAAAUAUGUACAAUAGAAUUCCAUUCAACCGUACUCCAUUCAACGGAACGAAAUUUUCGUAAUUAAGCCAACUCUACCCGAGAGUUUCCUAUUAUCUGGAUUAGUUGUAAGCGUCGCUCGAAUCACACGUCUCUGGCUACAACAAAUGAAAAUAUAAAUACAACGACGUAUAAUAGAAGGACGAGCCGCGUUGAUUCGAGGAAACGUGUUACGUGUUAUUGAAUUCACGUACGGUCAAUUAUAAAGACAUCUCGAAAAAUUUUCAUUUCACAAAUGCGUAGAGAAUAGGGUUGUAUGUGGAGCAAUUGGUUUCUCGACCAAAGAAUUGAUUUUAUCAUUUUUCGUGCAAUUUCGAUUGAAAAAUAAUCUUUCUUUCUUUCUUUUUUUUUUACAACAGGAUGUCGAAAGGACAAACUGAUAUUAUAGGAAACUGAUAAAGGACAAAGUGAUAUUAUAUUAGAAAAUUUCUCUGUGUAUAAUCCAUUUGUGAUCUAUCGUAUUAUAUCUCAUAAUCUAAGCCCGAAUUCCUGUAAUUUAUUCGAAAAUUACAACGAGCGAAGGAAUUCGGCUAACAAUUUACACGAACUCCAUGUGAAUGGAAUUCUACCAUACAAAAAAAUAUAUACUGUAUGAAAUCUCACCGAUGUUUAUUCGUUCUCGCGUAGUUAAACGUGCGACGACUUUAAAAAAAAUUCGCACGAAAAGGGAAGGAAAAGAAGAGGAUGCAAUGUUCGCUCGCCAAGGAUUAAUUUCGAUGUGUGAAAUAUUCAAUUUUGUUGCUCCUUUGUUCAAAGAUAAACGGCCAGUUUUAUUUGUUUAUAUUGACACCGCCAACACGAAGGAGAGACCUGCGCCCUUUCAAUUAUUACGCAGCAUUGCGCAAUGUUUGCGCGCCAAUUCGCCAAUUAUAAUUUAACGCCUGCUCGUCCAAUCUAUCCUCGAACUCGAUCAAACUUAACGUCUUAAAAAUCUGCCAUCUUCCCUCUUUUCAACCGCAGAUUCAUUUUGCGUAAAUUAGAUCAAUAUUUGAAAAGACGUAUUUGAAAAAUCAUACAUUUUUAUUGGAGACAUCGAAUUUCGAAAAAUCAAAAUUUAUUAAUCUUUUGCGCUUCAUUUUUGAGAUAUCGUAAAUCUGAAAGGAUUAAAAAUUGCAACGAACGAAAAAGAAAGGGAAACAGAUAUUCAAAAUUCGGAGAGUUUCGAGUUAGAAAAAAAAUGGCAAGAAGGAAUUUUCAUGAAAAUAGUUGAGCAUUCUCGAAUACUUCAAUAAUUUUCUUUUCUUCCUUGAUUAAUUUUUAGGAAAUCGAAGUUUCACGCGCAAAGUAUCGAAAACGAUUUUCCACGAGCGCGUGGCCGAAACAUCGGCGCACUUUCUCCACCGACAGGGAUCCACCGGAACGAAUCAAAGAGGAACAUUGCUCGUAAAUCGAAAAGGGCGGCCCCGCCCGCCCAACCCAUUUCGGGACAAAAUUUCGGGAAACAAUUUCCACCGUUGCAUUCAAUCUGCCCUUUCUAUUUCGCAGAUUAAAGAUCAUCCUCCCGCCGUUUGGCCACGGGGAACGCGGAUAAAAAAAAAUUACUCCGUGCGAAUUUCUGUGCGAAGGUAACGGUUCGAAAUCCGGCUAUUUUCGGCCCGGGAUUAGGAGUUAAGAGCCAUGAUACGUUUCACGCGGCCAACACAUCGUGUGCCAUCGUACCUUUGCGAACACGAUCUUGUACAAAUUUUCUGUUCUCGAGGUGGACAGGUAUUCCGUAUUUCGUAAAAGCUUUCACAGAAUGAAGCGAACCGUGGUAUCGAGAAUAUAAAAUAAGAGAAAUUCCAUUUCAAUUUCAUUUUCUAUUUCGAAAAUAGAAUUCUUUCCGUUUAUAUUUCAAUAAUUUUAAUAACGAUUGCUAUAAUUAUACCUGCGUCAUCGGUUUUCAUUCGAUUUCUAGUAAGUAAUAAAUAUAUCAUUUCUUACAUCGACGGCAUACGAGAUCGAUAAAUUAACGACAAUUCUACUUUUCUUUCUUUCUUUUACAGCCCAGCCUUUACUUCGUCCAAACUAAACAUUUCUCUCAUUCGAAAAUAAAAAUAUUUCGUCGAAAUAUUCCGUUCCUAUUCCAACGGUUAUCGAUUAUUAAAAUUUAAAACGAAUUGAACCAAAAUUAAAUUUAAUUAUCCCUCUUCCGACAACUACGUAAUUGUAAAUGAAGUUUUUUUUUUUCCAGCCCGAAAAACAGUCCAUUUCUCGCGUAACAUCGGCUCGAUGGACCAGUGGCGUCUAAUUUGCGAAUUAACCGCGGCCUCUUCGCAGCCAACCCUCCCUCCCCGUUCUGCGUGUGCGACACGCGUGCACACGCAACGAUAAAUCAAUAAAGCGUGCAUACGUACGUCGUGGUGCGCUUUCUCCUGCAUGCCGCGUUAUCUCUCUGUCUCUUUCGAGCUCGACGCAUUGUAACUGGGGCAAAGUGUCGAGAGGGAAACGGUUCCUCGGAUGUAUCGAUAAGAGGCGAGCCGAUAAGAUUGAGCAAAUUGUCGGAUUAUUAGCGUAUGAGUGAUCAGUGAGAGAGAUAGGUAGAUCGAUACCGGUUUGAUAGAUUUUUGUUCAGAUAAAAGGGGAAUUGAAAAAGAUUGAUGUAUAAUUUUUCGAACGAGGCGCAAACUGCAUUACGAUUAAUCAACGGUUCGCGGAGGAAGAAUGGCAGGGAGGGUGGAGGCAGAUUUUUCACAGUCGAUAUUUCGUAUAGGAAAUUGAUUUCAAAUGUUUCGAGAAACGUGACAAGCGUUCGUUAUUUUUUAUCGGCAGUAUUUUAUUUCAAAUGGAGAUUGGUAAGUUUUUAUCUUCGAGGCGAUUGUCCGACAAUUCUCGAGAAUUUUGCUUUAUCCAACCUUCCCCAGAAGUGUUUUUCUCUCGAGUCGAUCGUUCGAGAGAAUAAUCUUUUUUUACUUUCAAAGUGAGAGAUUACACGUGAGAAUAAUUUGAGAGUUGCUCUCGAAGAAUAAUAAUCCUUGAACCAUCCAAUGUCCAAUCCAUAUUUUCCAUAUUUUCACUUUGAUAACGUAACAUCAAAUAAAUUAAAAUACCGGGGGCACGAGGGGAAAAAAGGGAUGGAUUUUUUCCCCCUUUUUCGAUAUCCAAAGAGGGAUAUCCUCGACCUCCGCGAAAUAUUACAUCGCAUACUUUGUAAAUCUUCGUAUUAGACGGACCACCGGAUUCUCGGGAAUUUAUCGUGCACGAAAUAAAAGGGCUGGAGAUGAGACCCUCCCCUCUCCAUCCCCUUCCACACAUAUUAUAUUCGCGUAAACGAAAGCCGGAUACGGAUACGUGUGGAACCGAGCGGAAUUUACGUUCUAACCGCGAGACAGGAUGCACGGUAAUAUUUUAGACGAUCAAGCAAUCGAUGCUUUUCUCUCCACUCUUGAUCCUCCACCCACAGAUCCUCCGAUAGAUUUCCAAUAGCUACGGUUUCUCGCUGUGAAUCUCGUACGAAUCGCGAUUUAUCUACGAGUAAUUUCGAGAGCUGGAGAGACUUCUCGUUUCUUCUUCAAUUUUUCUUCUUUCGUUUCGUUUUAUUCGCUCGUUUCGUGAAGUUGUAUUACACCUCGCCGUGUUUCUCCUUCGAAAGAAAGAAAGCAAGAACGAAAAUCGUCGAAAAAGAUUCUAUCCUUUAUCCUCGAAAUGAUCGAGAUAUAAAUAUACAUAUGUAUAUUAUAAAUAUAAUAGGGCAAUAUAAAAGGGAGGAGCGAAAGAAUCGUCGAAACGUUUCUCCUCGUUGUUAGUUUCUUAAUUAGAUCGAUGUAAGCGAGCUAAAAAACGAGAAUCGACUUUUUCCUGUAAACGAAACGACUACUUGUGUAAGAUACUUUGCGUAAGAUUUAAGAUCGAUUGAAAAAGGAAAGAGAAAGAAACUACGCUAGCGUGUAAAAAAGAAGAAAGCUUGGCUUCGCUGAGGAGCGAGGAGAAUAGAGGAAGAAAAAAUUAAAAAAGAAAAAAAAAAGGGAGGAGGAAAUACCGUGAAUCCGUAAAAAGCAACGUACUAAGUAAUUAUGAAUAAUGUCGUUUACCAAUUAAAUAAUGUUAACGAAAAAAACUACUGUACGUGUACGUCGGCGAUCUCGCCUUAGGCGGUCGGCCGAGAUUUUUUGCAAACCAAAUUUUUUCCAUGAAUCUCUCUGUGUGUGUGUCAGUAACUUAAUUAUCUUAUCAUUACGUACACACGAUGUUAAAUUAAGGAUAAGGGAAAUUUUGCAUUUUUCGAAGCGAAAGGAUAUUACACGAGGACAGCGAGCCGCGUCGUGUGACGUACGACGAAAGGGAAAGCGAUUUCGAUGGUGUUGAUUAAAAAGAAAAAAAAAAAGAAAGAAAAAAAAAAGAAAAAAAAAAUGUUAGAGAAGAAAAUGUUUUAAGAAGCAAGAACGAUCAUUCUAAUUGAUUAAAAUUAAUUAAUAUUCGUAACGUUCGUACCGUCUUAUAUAAAUAAUCUUAAGCGAUCACUAAAUAACGCGACUAAUAAUAACGUUGUCGAGAGAAAUUAAAUAAUGAAUUAACGAACGACACGAUACUUUGUAUUUAUACACAUUGUACACAGAUAUGUAUAUUGUUACUAAUAUUAUUCUUAUUAUUAUUAACAGA